GAGCCGCCAUUUUCAUUAUCCCCCACCCCCACAAUUCUCACAAUCCCACCAAAAACAAAAACAAAAAAACGAAACUGGUCCCGGUUUUAAAGUUUUUGUUUCAAGUUAAUUGCUUGGUGUACUGUUUAGUUUGAUUGUCCUGAAACAAUGGUGAGACCUGGAACGUCAUCUUCGUCAGUGUCAUCUGAGCAACAGUCUGAUAGAACACAUGAGCCCAAGUACAAGGGUGUUCGAAAGAGAAAAUGGGGUAAGUGGGUGUCUGAAAUUAGGCUGCCUAAUAGCCGGGAGAGAAUAUGGUUAGGAUCCUAUGACACGCCCGAAAAGGCGGCGCGUGCAUUUGACGCUGCCCUGUAUUGCCUACGUGGUAGUGGUGCCAAGUUCAAUUUCCCUGACAACCCACCGGACAUUGUCGGCGGGCGGUCACUUACCCCGCAAGAGGUGCAAGAAGUUGCUGCCAGGUUUGCUAAUGAAGAGCCAACAUCGUCCACUGCUAUGGGAGGUGAAUCAUCGUCACAUGUGGAGAAUUACACAUCAUCAUCGUCCGACUGUGGGGCUGGACAAAUGGAUAGUGAUACUAUAGACUGGUCGUUUUUGAAUUUGUUGGAUUCUAAUGAGGGUGCAUCCGAUUUCGGACUCUAUCACGGGCUGGACCAUAUGGGUGGUGAUUAUUAUCCCCCUCCUACUCCGCCGCCGCCUCCUGAUUAUAACGGGGAUGAUAACAACGGAGACGAAACUUUCUCUCACCAGUCAUUUCUUUGGAACUUUUGAAGGGAUUGAUUCAAAUUUUGUGAAGAACAAUCCUAGCUACUGGAAAACGUCAGGAAUUCAGGCGAAUUUUAGCUGCCGGGUCACUGAUGCUGCUUAAUUCACAUAAAUGUUGCUCUGUUUUUUCCAAGUCCAGGAAGAAGUUCUGGCACGAGAGAGGGACGUGGCCCAGUUUUUUGGUGCCAUCUUCCAGUAGAUAGGAAAUACCAAGUUGUUUUCACUCCUUGAAACAAAUAAUGGUGUACAUUUAUUGUAGGAAGCCAUUCUUUUACGAGGUUUCUUUUCUAUGAUUUUUUGUCCCAAUUAAACAGUCCAAAUAAACAUGAAAUGCAACUUGUUUUUUUCUA